AUGAACGAAGCAGGUCUCGAUUGGAGGAUAAAUCGAGUGGAAAAGUCGUCGUUCUUCUUGAAUAGAGACAUCGAGACCCUAAUCAACAAUGUGGAGACAGCUGUAAUCAACGAGUUGGAAGGAGGAAAUCGACAAGCAGCCAUGAAGCGACUGAAGGUGCCUCCAUUGACUGAGAAGCAACAUUCUGGAACCACUUUUUCACUCGGCUUUUUCCUUGGCGUCUUCGCUGUCCUGGGUAUUGUAAUUAUCCUUUCUUGGUACAGCUUUACCGCCCGACCGCAUGAGCCAAAAUGGGUGGCUGUUCGACUAUUCCGAGGCUUCUUCCUGUUCUUCCUGAGCGUAUGGUUAUGUGGACUGAAUAUGUAUGGGUGGGCAGCGGCCGGCGUGAAUCAUGUGCUCAUCUUCGAGAUGGACCCUCGCAAUCAUCUGACAUAUCAGACGGUGAUGCAGUUGGCCUCCUUCAUGCUGAUGUUAUGGGCACUAUGCGUUCUCGGAUACUUAUAUGCACAUACUGUGGGGCUACCGCCAUUCCUCUUCCCACUUGUUCUGAUGUUCAUCUGCGUUGUUUUCCUUCUAAAUCCCUUCAACAAACCAGAGAAUGUUUUCUACAGGAAUAGUCGAUUCUGGCUUCUGAAGCAUUGUUUCAACUGUUUUACCGCUCCAUUCCACUUUGUUACCUUCACCGAUUUCUGGCUCGGCGAUCAAAUGAAUUCGCUGGCCACAUGCUUUUUGGAUCUCCAAUAUUUUAUUUGCUUCUACGCGACUGAAGUCGACUACUCUAACUUCAAAUUUGAGGCCCGGACCCUGAACGUGACAGACGGAGUUGUGCCCUGGGGCUAUGUGGACAUAAACACUGGGCAAGAUAUGUGUGCUUCAUUCUCGUGGAUAAGGAUUAUAGUGACUGCCAUCCCUGCCACGGUCCGUUUCCUUCAAUGUUUGCGACGUUAUCGCGACACUCAUAGAUGGCAUCCGCAUCUUGUCAACGCAGGAAAAUAUGCUACAACGUACUUGGUUGUGACCAGCAACUCCCUUAACAAAUGGGCCGAGACUCAACUGCCCGAUUAUGGCUACGUCUUUUUCUACUUCUGGGUAAUUUCAUACGUAAUUUCCUUCACGUACACCUUCCUGUGGGACGUUUUUAUGGAUUGGGGUCUCAUAGAUCCAAGAGCUCCUAAAGAAGCGCCGUUGCUCAGAGAAGAAAUGAUCUACGGCAGUAAAUGGUACUACUACUUUGCCAUUGUAGAAGACUUUAUCCUCCGACUGUCAUGGGUAAUGAACGUUUCCCUGGCCGAAGCAUGGAUGCUGCAUGGAGAUCUGCUGAUGUGCAUAAUGAGUCCAUUGGAAGUAUUCCGAAGAUUUGUUUGGAAUUACCUUCGACUAGAGAAUGAACAUGUCAAUAACUGCGGUCAAUUCCGUGCCGUUCGUGAUAUUUCGGUGAAGCCAAUCAGGAAGGGAGACCUCGACUCUCUCUUGUCCAAGAUGGAUCAAAUGGAUGGAGUUACCCAUCGAGGACAGGAUCUGCAGGAACGAGUCAAGAAACAGAAAAAGGCCGCCCGUGAGAAGCGUCAGAUUCUAAAGCGCAAUAGAAUCGCUCGGAUAGCUCUCCCCAUCCAUCCCAGUGCCACUACUGGUCAACUAGUCGAAACAGCUCACUGA